AUGCGCGCCCUGUGGCUGACGGACAUCCACUUGGACCACCUGCGCGAUGCCGCGGCUUUCGCGGCGUUUGCCGCGCGAGUGUCGGUGGGCCACGCGCCAUUCGACGGGGCCAUCGUCACUGGCGAUAUCUCCACGGCGCAGCACCUGAAAGGACACCUGGAGGCGCUGGCCGCCGCCUGGGGGAGGCCGGUGUGGUUCGUGCUGGGCAACCACGACUACUAUGGGGGAGGGAUCAAACAGGUGCGCACAGAAAUGGCCAGUCUGGUCUCACAUCCUUUGCUCACCUACCUGCCCCAAGCGGGGCCGAUCAAACUGUCGCCAACUGCCAGCUUGGUGGGAAUCGACGGGUGGGGCGACGGCCGGCUGGGCCGCCCGGAGACGACGCCCGUGUUGCUUAACGACUUCGUGCUGGUGAGGGAGCUCGAGGCGUCAAAGGGGCGAAUGGGUUUGUUGAGCACAGUCAGGCGGCUGGGGGACGAUGAGGCGGCGCGGUGCCGGGAGCUGCUGGCCGCGGCGGCGGAGAGGUCGAGAAGAGUGGUGGUGGCGACCCACGUGCCGCCGUUUAGGGAAGCCUGCUGGCACAGAGGUGGGAUUUCCGACGAUGACUGGCUGCCUUGGUUCACCUGCAAGGCCGUGGGGGACGCGCUGGUGGAGGCGGCCGAGACGCACCCCGACAAGCAGUUCCUGGUUCUGUGCGGGCACACCCAUACGUCGGGCACGGCGACGAUUCUGCCAAACCUGGUGGUCCGCACGGGGGGCGCGGUCUACGGGAGUCCCAAAGUGGAAGACGUGCUAGAAUUUGCGUGA